AUGGAAGAUGAGGACAUCACAGGAGAUUGUGGAGGAGAAAAGACAAUGAGCUCCACUAUGGAUGGAGGACUUCACAGUGUGGAUAGACCACGGAAUCCCUCGGACUCUGAGCAACCUCGUACUGUGAGGGGUGGGGCUGGGAUUCAGGGGGAGGAGACAUCCUCCCUUCCUGAAAGUGGGGACAGUUUUAACCCUGACUUAAAUUCUACUGCUUAUCAGAGAUCUCACACGGGGGAGAAGCUCUAUGCCUGUUCUGAGUGUGAUAAUUGUUUUCUUCCUGUAUCAGAACUCGUCAUACAUUACAGAUCUCACACGAGAGCGAAGCCGUAUUCCUGCCAGGAGUGUGGGAAAUCUUAUUCAGAUAAGGCCUAUCUUGCCAGACAUCAGAAAUUGCACACGGGCGAGAAGCCAUUUUUCUGCCUCGAGUGCGGAAAAUGCUUUUCGCAAAAAUCAUACCUUUCUAGACAUCAGAGAUCUCACUCCGGGUUGAAGCCGUAUCCCUGUCCUAAAUGCGGGAAAUGUUUUUCACAGAGAUAUGACCUCGUUAGACAUGAAAGAUCUCACACGGGCGAGAAGCCGUAUUCCUGCGCUGAGUGCGGAAAAAGUUAUACACGGAAUUCAGACCUUAUUAUACAUCAAAGAACCACUCAUACGGGGGAGAAGCCUUUUUCUUGUUCUGAGUGUGGGAUUGCAUUUUCGGAGUUAUCAGAUCUUGUUUUACAUCGAAGGUGUCACGCACAGUAA